AUGAAGCUGACUCUUGUCUCCGUCUCGAGCCUCCUCGUCUGCGUGGCUUCGGCUCUCAGCAUCGCAGGUCCCAGGGGGCGGUGCAUUGGUCCUCCCGUGAACAAUGCCACGCUCGACAUCGUCAAAGAAUACAAAGGCUUCUUGCCACUGCCGAAGAAGGACAAGGCCAAGAGAGUCAAGGUCGGCUACGGGCACCGAUGCCACAACGAGACGUGCGCCGAGAUCGGGUUCCCGUUCCCCCUGACGCACGAGACGGCAACCGUCGUCCUCCGAAAGGACAUUGUGACUGCUCAGAAUUGCGUCACCGUCUACCUCGACGGAAAGAGGAAGCUCAACAUGAACCAGUACGGCGCGCUUGUGAGCUGGGCCAACGACAUUGGCUGCGCGGCCGCCAGGAGGUCCCUCCUGCUGAGGAGCCUGUACAACGGGCGCGACGCCAACAGGACCAUCGUGAGGGAGCUGCCAAAGUGGACCAAGGAGCACGGCUACCAAAUCCCCGAGCGGUAUGCUUCGCGCAAGAGGGAGGUGAUGCUGGCGCUGACGCCCACCAACGAGACGGCCUUGCCGAUUGUUUGCAACGGGACUCUGGUCUGGCACGGGGUGUAG